AGAAGAUCAAGUUGCACUCUCAGUGAGAAGGGCUGGCUAGGGAUAGGGCUGCAGCAGCACAGGGUGAUCGUUGUCUCUCAGCCGCUCACAGUCGCACACUGCACAACGUUAAGGUUUAAAGAGAAACAAGACCAUGUGCGUAGAACUUCUCAACAGACUGGUCACUCUGGGGCUGGUGUUUGCAAGCUUCAGCGCAGCCUUCGGAACAGAUGCUACCGACCUGCCUGAAAACGCUCACGAGAGAGUAGACAAGCAGCUGCCUGUUCAGCAAAAAACACGGCUUUCCCUGCAGAACUCAGCUGAGAUUCAGCACUGCCUGGUGAAUGCUGGAGACGUGGGCUGUGGGGUCUUUGAAUGUUUUGAGAACAAUUCAUGUGAGAUUCGUGGCCUACAUGAGAUCUGCAUGACCUUCUUACACAACGCUGGAAAAUUUGAUGCUCAGGGGAAGUCAUUUAUAAAAGAUGCUCUGAAGUGCAAAGCUCAUGCACUGAGACACAAGUUCAGCUGCAUCAGCCGUAAGUGCCCCGCCAUUAAGGAGAUGGUGUACCAGCUGCAGAGGGAAUGCUAUGUCAAGCACGACCUCUGCUCCGCUGCCAAGGAAAAUGUCCAAGUGAUUGUGGAGAUGAUUCACUUCAAAGACCUCCUGUUACAUGAGCCUUAUGUUGAUCUAGUGAACCUGCUGCUGACCUGUGGAGAAGAAGUAAGAGAUGCCAUUACUCGCAGUGUGCAGGCACAGUGUGCUCAGAACUGGGGGAGCCUGUGUUAUAUCCUGAGCUUUUGUACCUCUGCCAUGCAGGGAGAUAGUGCUGCUGUGCUGAGCCCCAGUCCACCUAAAAAACAAGGGGACUCUAUCAAGUCUUUCCGCAGCCAGAGUGAGCCUCCUUCCCAGGGUGAUGCAGAACGCGACGGAGCAAAAUUCUCCAAAAAUGAUAAGGAUAAAAAUACCAAAGCACAUUCCAAUGUUCAUGCCCGUGCCAAGACUGGUUACAGCCCAAAACUGGCAUUUAGUGCUAUGGAACGUGCUGAUGAGCCGGCCGGUUUAUCAGACAUCCGAAGGUGAAAGAACACCUUCGAUCAGAAUGCUCCAUUUGUCCUUCUGGUGAGAAGCCUUUCAUACUCUUUCUAUGGACAUUCCGAGGUAUUCACCAUUCAUGAAGGCAAAGCUAUGCCUGCAAUAAAUUCUGGGAUUCCUCAGCUGUAUCACUAGCUCCCAAGGAGAGGAGGGAGUAGAUAUCAUAGUUUCCUAUUUACAGAGUUAAAUACUGUUUUAUAUGUUAAUUAUAGUAAAUAUCAAAUAUUUCUGCAGGCGUUUGGCUCUGCUGAUUAAAUAAUUUAACUGAGAUGUUGGGUUAUCACUAAAGCUACCUAUAGUGUGUACAACAAGUAGGGUCAUUAGAUUGCCUUCCUCUUUCCUCCCUGGGUUCCCACCUGACAGCCAACACAACCGAAAAAGGAAAAAAGGAGCAUGAUUCUGCGCCGAUAUGAAUUCAAGCAAAACAUUGAAUGUCUUGUUCAACCAAUCACCUCAGCAUGCAUGAUAUAUAUAAUUAUUAAUUCAUAUUACAAGGAUAUAUUUCCUUAUCUGCUGCCAUUGUGUGUGUGUGUGUAUGUGUGCAUGUGCGGAUUUACACAUAUAUGUGUGCAAGGGUGUGUGCAUAUAUUUACGUAUACAUCCGAAUGUGUGGGGGUCUUUUGUUUGUGUGAUGUUAAAUGUUAAUGUUUGUUUACAUGUAUUCCUACUGGGUCAGUUAUUGCUGUUAGUGUACAUAUUUAAUGCAAUAUUUAUUGUAUUGUUCUUCCUUAUGCACACAUAUACAUAUAUGAAUCCGUACACAUGGACACACUUCCCAUAUUCACACACCAGUUAUCCUACUCAAAGAACAGACAGAUACAGAUACAUUCUGUGUUCAGCUUAGUUAGUUUCAUUUUUGGGGUUUUUUUCUUGUUUUUUUUUAAACCAUCACCUUUCCUUCCUUGUGUUGUACAUAAUUUAUGCCACUAGUCCAUUUUGUUAAGCGACCUAAUAUAAUUUUAUACAGUCCUGUAAUGUUAUUGACAUUAUAACACAUUAUUUAUUGCUAUAAUUAUUUUAUUAUUAAUAAACUUUUUAUGUGUCAUUGGGAAA